AUGGCACGGGAGAGGGGCGUGAGACGAGGGGGAAAUGCCAGCCAGGCCAAGCGGGGCACAUCACUACCCAGUUCCAUGCCACUCCACCCGGCGUUCAAGCUCCCACCCCGGAGCUUGAAUCAAGUCAUGUUUUUAGUGCGUUCACAUGGGCCAAGGGCCUGCUGGGAUCCUAAAAUGGAAGGGAAAGUUUGCAGAGACUUUAAAGCUUUCCCGAGGAGUUCCUGCCUAAGGCGUCGGGGUGCAGCCCAAGCCCCCUUGCUGCGGGCCCCGACCCUGGCACUCACGACCCGCCUGGCGGUCGCUGCCCGGGUCCCAAGUGCCCUCCGAGCCCCAAGCUCUCGGAGCCGCGCUCCCAGAGCCGCGCAGGGGCUCGGGAACAGAAUCCAUCAAGAAGCCUCUCUAGUCCACCACAAAGCACACCCGAGCGGUUCCAAGGGAAGGGGGCCCAAAGCGCCCCAGGAGAUAUCUUUCCACAACCUUCUGCGGAGACCCGGGGUCGCCUCGUCUCCAGGGACGAAGUCAGCAGUCCCCUUACACUUGACUUUCUUGUUGCGGUGGGGAGGAUAUAGGAAGCUACUGGAGGUGCCGGAGCCGCCCCCCCCCCCAACCCCCAAAGUGCCCUGGGCUCUGAGCAAAGACCCGUCCUCACAAGCACGCGGUCCAGGCCAGGACCCUGUGCACUGUAGGACGCAGAGGGCCACGGCGUUCUAAUCUGGACUCCUGGCCGCUUCCGCGGCGGCCCGCUGGAGUUUCUCGCGCGGAGGUCUGCCCAGCAGCGGGCCACCGGCGUCUCGCCUCCCGCCCUGACAUGCAGACUUGGGGGGGCGCUGCACACAGCAACCGAUCCGGAGCGCAAAAUCUGCGUGCCGCGUGGGAGACGCGCGCGGGAGGGGCCGGGUUGGGCUCGCGUUUUUCCUUUUCAGAAGCUUUCGAGUUGACUACGAAGUUUUCUGGAAACAGCAAGCCGUCUGAGAAGACGGAAUUUCCAACGUGUAAAAUGUUCUUAACGGAACCAUUGAGCGAGUGCAAUAAGGCGUGAGGGGGAACUAAUCUUCCCAUUUAAAUGUUUGUGGCAAUUUUAUCUAAAUGAAUUUUAAUGCUAAACGAGGGUAAUUCCCCAUUUGUAGCGCGUUUACUUCUCUUUCCUGUGCUUCUAAAGCAGCCGAACAUCAUGCAAUGAACAAUAACAAUAAAAAUACUGUCAAGGCAUAUUAUUCAUUUCGAAUGUGUUAUAAUUACAGCUGAUUAAAUAUGAUAGGGCAAAAUAUUUUUAGUUUUCUUUAAAAAAAUAUUUAAAUCAUACUAAAAAGUCUCAUUCAACCAGCACCCCCCCCCCCCAAUAAAAAUAAAAAGCAGGUACAAUUGUGUGCCCUUGUUUAGAAGAGGGCGUUUUGUUUUUGCCUUUUAAGAAACAUCAAAAACACCCUCAGCACCUCUAUUCUUUCUUUCUUUCAGAUAAGUGUCCUCCAUAACCUCCGAGCUGGCUCUGAAAUUUACAAGAGGAAAGCUAAAAUCGCAUUAAGGGGGAGUGGGGGUGUCCAGGCAAGGGGAGAAAGGAUCUGCGGAGAGCAAGGCCCUCACAAAACCGCCACACAGAGCAGGGAACACAGGGAAAGAACACAGUUUGUUUUAUUUUUUCUAAUUCACUGGACACUAAUGGUCGUGAUUCUUCAUAGUCUCCAUAUUCCCUGAUUCUUCUUCACUGGUACCCUACUCCUUCUCCUAGUGCCCGCCUCUCUCCACUCCCCCCUUCCCAUCUCUCUCUCUCUCCCUCUCUGUCUCCCUCCCUCCUCCCCUUUCUUUCCCUCCCCCAACCAGCGAGAGCACCGUCGAGAAGAAAGGCUGAAAAUAACCUACUCACCCAAGCUUGUACUGGGGAGGAGGGGCAAAUGGAUGGGUAGUUUAUAAAGUUUAUUAUUAAUUUUUAAAGUAAAUAAAUGGUUGUUCACCGCCACUAA